GACAAUUGGUGGUCAGCCCCCUCUGUCGGUUCAAAAUUACAUCACUUUCCUUUGACUGACUCAUUAAACCCGCCCCCUUCACCUCAAUCCCAUCCAGCCAGGCAAAGGGGGGUGUUAGCCGUGUCAAUCGAGUGUUGAUUCGAAGGCAAGUAGCAUGACAACUGUCAGUCCAUAUCCCUGGCGAGCUCAAGGCCCGUCUUUAGGGAACCACCGACUGUCCCAUCCCCCCGGAACAUGGCAACUAGCCUGGGUUCAUCCCCUCCAAGUCCAAGAGGCGAAAAACCAGGGCUCAUCUCUGCCCAAAGAAUUCAAACCAACCCAGACCAUUAUCAAGAAGCCAGUCCAGGCGGAAAAGCCGCCAAGAGCGGCCUUUAUCGAUCCUUUGACGGCCAUGAUGGCCAGUCCAGAGGAUGAAGAUGCCUUGGGAUGCGUGUCCAUCCCAGCUGACGAUGAGAUGGAUGGUGUCAAGUCCGCGGAGAGUCGCGACGCAGAUUGGUCAAAAUCUGAAUUAGAAGCAUUGUGGACGCAACUCGGGCAAUCUGCCAUGACCUAUCACGAUUCCACUCGACUGCUCAUCCCGGAGACGUUGCAUUACAUAUUAGAUAAACUGAAUUUCGAUGAUGAGAGCACAUCGCGAAACGCUCGAUUGGACAUGCUAGAAGGGCGUCAAACCCGGCGGUCCAACCCAGAGAAGAAUGGUUUGACGCCCAAGCAAUUUGGCGAUUUCCUCGACCUCGUCACUCACCAAUUGUCCAAUUAUUGGACGGAAGACAAACGUGUUCAAGUGUUACGUUUGGUGAUUCAAAUCGCCAAAAUUCUCGGGGACAUGGAUAAAAGUGGCCUGUCUGGCUAUCCGGCCUUCUUUUUUCAAAUCACAGAAGUCUUGGUCUUCUUUGGCCGUCUCGUAUAUGACAGGAUCGCCUCGAAAUGUCCUGGUCUUCGGAUGAACUUCACCUCCCAUGAUGCCACGCCUCAAGCCCAAGAGAUGUGCAAGAAUUGGUUGCUUAAGAUCAUGUCCAUUCGAGAGUUGGUCCCUCGAUUGUAUUUGGAGAUUGCAUUUAUGCGUUGCUUUCGCUUCAUCGAUGAUCCCGAAUACUUUUACAAGACUGUUCUGGAUCGACUCACCAAAUCGAUUCGAGGCCUCAGUGACCCGAUAGCAGCUUGCUAUUUGAGGGCGUUCUUGGUCCGCUCCGCCUUCCAAGUUUUGCAAUCCUCGAACUUGAGUUUGGCCCAGAAAAUAUCUCAAUCCAACUACAGCGAGUUCGUCCUCACAUACGUCACAUUUGGUGUCGAUAAAGCGUCAAGCCUGGGAUUGUCUACCUCGUCGUAUUUGCGAUUGUAUUCGCCGCCUUUUCAAUGGCUUCUCCAAGCCCAACUUUUUGGGCAAAAUGCUUGGGACAAAGAUCAAAUCAUGAAGAAAUCACUCAACGCAGUGGAUACCGAUAAAUGUCCGGCUUUUGUCUACGAGCACAUUUUCGCCGUUCUCAGCCCGUCUUUGAUCGAAGGCCAAGUCAGCCACGUGAGUCAUGUUGUCGCCAAUUGUGCCCAGGAUCCAAGUUAUUCCGUGGAAAAUUUGAUUUGCGUUUUUGGAAAAGUUUUAACAAAUUGUUACUCCCUCACCCGGACGGAAAAACUGAACGUUUUGAACACAAUCUGGCAUUGCGUAAUGGACAUUCAUGACUUGCAUGCGUAUCUCAAAUGUGCUCUAGUGUGGACCGAGUUUGCGGUGAAGCAACUUCAGCCCAAAGAAAUCAACACCCUACUAGGGAAUAUAGUUUCCCAGACCAAUUCCACCUUGUCGAGGGAUGGCACGAAGUCGUCUUCUGACCAGUUACCCAAGAUCGUUCAAUCUCUUUUGUCGAGUCAGGAUUCCCUGGAACGAACCCUGACCUUGAGCAAUUUCCUGCCCUUGUUCAAUACCAUGAGUAAAGGGUCUCAGAUAGAAAUGGCCAAGAUUCUCGUCGAGAGAGCAAUCAAAGAUGUUCAAGAGAUCUCGGAUCCGGUUCUCUCCAACGUACUCAUUCAUCUCUGUGACAUUCUUGGCGAUUCCAUCAAUGCCCUUUCCAUUCAAGAUGAAACAAGACAGAUAUCCGCUUUCAUUUGUCAUGUGAUUCGAAAAGUGAAGUUUGAGGACGAUUUCGAGCAACAACUCAAGUUUCUAACGGAUUGCCGAGGCAAAUACUCGCAUUUGACAGCGGUUCAGCUCCAAUUGAUCCACUCCGUUCAUUUAUUGGCCAUUCAUACUCUAGAGCGAGCCAACGGGAAGAUAUCAACCCGAAUCAAAGGGUUCCUGCAGGCUUGUUGUGCGUUUGUGUUCAUAACCAUUCCAUCGAUUGAUCCUCGCCUGACACAAGUCCAGUUAUGCAUCGAGGCCGCAGAAGUGUGUUUGAUGUGCCGAUGUUUUGGGCAAGCUGAAAGCAGCCUUAAGGUUCUCUUCAAGACCCUUGGAGAACUCGGCCAAGCUCAUGAAGCGAAUAGGGAUUUACGGGAGAGAAAGGAGUUGGAGUGUACCUUGCUGGGGUUAUGUUCCCAGUUGUUCUCGUUGUUAUUGGUGGUGCCGGAUAACGUCGAGCAUGGAAUAUUAUACAUGAUUCGUGGAGCUCUCAACGCCAUCAAUCGUUUCCCUUGGUCUCUUCACUCUGCCCAUCGAGCCGAGCUCAACAUUCGGGCUCUUCAAUUGCUGUCCGUGGUCACUUGGGAUGAUUAUCCAUAUCACAUUGAAGGGUUGGAUUCGAAUGAUGUUUUGUAUGGUUCGAAUCCCAAGUUCGUGGACGAGGUGAACCAAAUUAGUGGUACGGUUCUAGGGCAAGUUUUGGAUCAGAUUCAAGAUCUGACGAGCAAUGGGUUCAAAAAGGAGAGUGGCCGGCUGUCUUGGCAGCUCCUCCAGACCUGCUAUGGUUUUGUGGAUCUAGAAUCGAGCGAAAAGCUCGUAAAAUUAGCUCAAAAGCUUUGGUCCUUGUCGAAGAAGCAGAAUGAGCUUCAACCCCAAACCGACAGGUUACUCCAAGAAGUCAAACUUCGAAAAGAUGAGAGGGCAACAAUGUGGAAGAGAGUCCUCCUCUAAAAUGCGAUGAAAAUGGAUUCCAUAGCCUACCAAAGAUAUGUCAUUUAAUUCUAACCGUGAUUUGUAAAACAAAUGCUUAAAAUCAUUCUGAUGGAUCAUUGCAUGCUGA